GUGAGACAUAGGUGCUGCCUUUCUAUGGACGUCGGUAGUCGGAGCUGAGGUUGAGGUUCCAAAUGGAGCGGGCUUCGUCCUCGGGCUCCAAGGCUCUCUUCCCCACGGGCCCUAGCUUCAGCCUUGAGGACUUCUCGAGCAAGGACUUUAUCGUCCGCGACUUUGUCGAUGGCCUCGCCGAAAAUGCCGUCCCUGCCAACCGCCGAUCCGGGCCUGCCCACCAACCAUUUGACCCGAAGCCCCUAAUCAGGACUUUUGAGAACUCAUUAUCCCAGCUGAGCUCUCUGUCGGAGGAGCUGCAGGCGAAAGAAUCCGAGAUCCUGUCGCAAGUAAGACGAGCCGAGAUCCAGCACGACCAGACUCUCGACACCCUGGGCCGCAAGCUGGACCAGUCCAUGACCCAAUUCGAAGCCCUCGAUCUCUCCCUCAACAACCCAAAUUCCAUCAAUGGCUCUGAGAGGACGAGCAGGUCCGAUGGCGGCGGCAAUAUUGCCGUUCAGAUCGGCGAGAAGCUCGAGGAGCUGGAUAGGAAGAGGAGGCGGGCGCAGGACGCCAACUUCCUUAUCCAGUGCUGGCUGGAAGUCACCGAAACGGGCGAACUUACUUCGUUGCAAGAUAUCCAGAGGCAAGGCGGCGCCGAGAACAAGGUACGAUGUGCCGUCAUUGCCCGUCAGCUGAUGCGCAUCAGCCAGAGGCUGGAUCCGACCUCCUGGGGGCAGACGAAUGGGUUCCGCGGCAAUGGCGUCACCAACGGGGUGGCCGGGAACAGUCGGAAGUUCAACACCAGAGAAGUGCUGGAGAAGUUCUCAGAGACGUUGGAGCAAGAUCUCCUGGCGCAGUUCAACAACAGCUACCGCCGGCAAAACUUUGAGAACAUGAUGGAGUGCGCCAGGGUACUACACGACUUCAACGGCGGUGCGAGUGUCAUCGCCGUCUUCGUCAACCAGCACCAAUUCUUCAUCAACAGAGAUCAGCUGAUCACCGACGAGGUGACAGUCGACAGCGAGAUGUGGGACUUGCUUGCAGAUCCGGAUUCGGAGCCCCCUGGCGUGGAAUCGAGCCUGCAGUCUCUCGUCGACGAGGUGAAGCUCGUCAUGUUGGAGGAGUCUUUCAUUAUCAAGCGGGCCUUCCCAUACUACGAAACCGUCUUGAUCAAGUUCAUUCAGCGCGUGUUUCAACAGUCCAUCCAGCAGCGACUUGAAAUGGUGCUGGACAAAGCCAGCACCGUCUCCUCGUUGGCCUUCUUGCGCUCGCUGCACGCAUCGCGCAACUACAUCAAUGUGCUUGUGGAAGAUCUCAAAACCCAUGGACUGACUGAACAUCCCGAGCCGUGCACGGCUCCCGUCGCACAGGCAUUGGACCAGCAGCUAGAGGAGCUGUUCGUCCCAUACCUUGUGGGCAAUUCGUAUAUCGAUCGGGAAAAGAGGAGCCUGGAGGAGUUGAACAGCUCCCUUCUCUUCAAAUUCACCGUUUAUCACUCAAGGAGGAAGAAGGCGCCGAGCGGUUUCAUGGCCGCCAUCGCCCAGCAAGGCAACCAGCUGCUCCAAUCCGCCAAAGACGCAUACAUGGAGAAACUUGACUCGUCCGAGUUGACGCCAACGCAGAAGGCCAUGAUGCUUCGGGUUGCCGGAAUACAGGACGACGACAAGAAGAACGAAAUUGAGGUGUCGGAGGAGGACGGUGUUCUCAGCAUCGCCAACGCAAAGAGGAUGAUGACGUGGCUUGCAGAAAGCGUGCGGAGGACUCUGGAGAUGGGGACAGCCGCCGAGACGCCAAAGGAUGUCAACAUCCUUCUCAACCUCCUGUUGGCUACCAUGGGGCACAUGUACGUGGAGACAGCCCUCGAUGCCGCCCUCGAUCAGGCGACGUCGCAGGAAACCAACAGGACCGAGCCCGACCUGUCAUAUCUGCCCAAGAUACGGCCGGCCGUUUUUAUCACCAACAUAAUGAACCGCUUCAUCAACACCGUCUUAAUCAGGCUUGCUGAAUCCAACACCACGGUGCGCCGGGGCAUGGAGACGCACGCCAGGUCCGGGGUCGAGUCGAUCGAGAAGAAGACCAAUGCAAUCAUGAAGAGUACCAUGGACGUGGUGGUCAACUGGGUCAACAAGUUACUGGCGAACCAGAAGAAGACGGACUUCCGCCCAAAGGACGAAGGCAUCAUAGACUCGCUCCAGUCGCCCACCUGCCUUGGGAUAUGCACCUUUCUAGACAAGGUCGCGUCGCUUUCAAAGAACGGCGUGGACGGACACAACCUGGAGAUCUUCAGCAGCGAGCUUGCGCUGUCGAUACAAAAGCUCCUGUUUGACCAUUUCAAAAAGUUCUCUGUCAAUGCGACGGGCGGUUUGAUGGUGACCAAGGACAUAUCCAAGUAUGUGUCGACGCUCAAGGCUUGGCCGCUGACCAAGGAAGUGGUGAAUAUCGUCGAAGUUCUGACGGAAGUUGGCUACCUUUUCAUCAUCGGGCCCGAGGCUCUCAAGGAGAAAUCGAGAGGUCUGGGCUCGGGUCCUGGGGGUCAAGGGAAAAAGCUGCUCAAGGCGGAUUUCAAGGCCUACGUACAGCGGAGAGACGACGCAAGCAGUGCUGGCAUCCAGAGCGUGCUUGCGGGGCUGUGACGAAAGAACAUUUUAUUUCCAUGUGGCAAGAGUAUCCUGUUUUCGUUUGCGAUGUAUGGGGCCCGAAUCUGCCAACCCCCCUUUAUAUACAUGCCAAGGCCAGCGGUACUUCCCUUGUUCGUACACAGGCGUCUUGGGAGUUGUUGGCUUCAAAUGGGAUCGAAUGGCGAUCGCGGAUGGGAGAUAUGCUGCGUAAUCGAAAUGAUACCAUGCAACACCAAGGGUACCCAACUCCCAAGCCUGUCUUACGUCUGCGAGACAGCCUUGAGUGAAUGUAUUGGUUUAUUGGUGGAAUAAUCUCAAUCCAUACAUGAAACCCCAAG